AUGAAAUGGAAACAAGAAUUUGGUGCUGUUAAUGCGAAUUACAUUAUUUCAGAUGAAAAUUCUAAUUCUCAGCUAGAUUUCUCAGGAGUGAUUAUUGAGACUGAUCAUGAAGAAUUUUCACGUUUCUACGAUCUUUCAGUUUCUGUUUCCGAAAGUUUAGAUUUUAGUUUAAUUGACUCUGCGGAUUUAAGCCCCAACCUGUCUAAACCUAUAACUGAUUUAAUUGAUGCAUUAAAGUCAUCAAUAUUAGGAAUCGAUAACCUUAGAAAUGAUUUGAUGGAUGUAAUAUUAGAUUCCGAAAUGCGUACUUCCCCGCAAUUAUUGAUUACUCCCGCACGGUUCAAAGAAUCAGCUGCCUUAAUUGCGAAAACAUUUCCGACAGAGUCUGAAUAUUCGUACUACGUGCCAUAUCGUUACGACUCUGUCAUUAAGACUAAACUUUUGACAAAAGGCAAAUUAUUUACCAGAUAUAAUAACGUAUAUCGAUCACGCAUUCUUUCAAGUGGAGUAACUGACGAUGAAUUUCAAGAAAAAGACAACGGGUUAAAGGAAAACAUUGACCCUUGGACAAAAGUAAUCAAAUUUUGGUCUGAUACGUCGAAAAGGAGAAUUUAUAAUUUGAUUUCAGACACUUCAAUAACUACUUAUAUCAAUUCAUAUCCAGUGUUAAAGCAUAAUGAUAUUGACUUCAAAACUCUUUACGCGGAUAAGACGAAUAAUUUGAUUGAAGGAUUCGACUUACUUUCCAAACAAUUAAUUGGACUCUGUGAGAAGAAAAAAAGAAAGCCCGAAAGCACCUAA